GCUGACUUGCAUGAAAAAUCUCGCGAGUUCUGAACUGUGACCUUUAACCUCCCAGAAGACGAUGGUCUCCACAUGGUGCGCAGAUUCUACGAAAUUUUCUCGGGAUUUCUGAGGACUAUUUAGACUCCAACGAUGGCAAGAGGAAAGAGAAAGCGGAGUAAGAAGCCAGUUGCCAAGGCAACAGAAGACGACAGUGAUGCGUCAGAUGCACAGAAUGAUGAACUUGAACCUGAGGACUACCUGAAGGAUGAAGUUGACGACUUCUACUCUCAAAAAGAUAAGGUUCUGUUGGAUGCAGCUCGAGAUUUGGAACCCGCAGACAGCAGUGAGGAAGAGGAGGAGGUGAUGGCACUUGAUGUACCCGACUCUGAUGAUGGAGUAGUAGGGGAUGAGGAGGAAGAGGAAGCUCAGAAGGAGGAGGAGAGAGAAGCUCUGGCCAUUCAGAAACGUAUGACUGAGGCACUCAGCGAGGAGGACUUUGGGCUAGACCUCUUCAAGCCAGCUAAGAAGCCUACAGAAGAUGCUGCCCUACCAGUGGAGGAGGCAGAAGAGAGAGUCUUACAGGACCUGAGUCAGCUGUCUCACAGGCAGCGUAUGGAGCUACUCAAGAAGGAGGCACCGGAGCUUCAGGAACUCAUGGACGACUUCAAGGAAAAGCUACAAGAGGUGAUUGACAGACUCCACCCCCUGCUGAAAAUGGUUCGGUCUGGAAUCAUACCUCCUGGAAAGGGAGCAACUUAUGUGGAGACAAAGUUUCAACUCUACCUCAAUUACUGUGUGAACAUUUCCUUCUACCUGGUGCUGAAGGCAGGCCACACCCCCAACGUGCGCAGUCAUCCGGUCAUCAACAGACUGGUGCAGUAUAGAAAUUUGAUCAAUGAGUUGGAGCCGCUAGACCAAAAACUGGAGCCAGAGGUGUCCUUCCUUCUACAGCCCAGCGAGGAGGGGGCAGGGGAAGCACCCCCUGGGGGGGUGGGGGCAGGAGAGGCGCAGCCUGGGGGGGUGCAGAAAGCCAGGAGGAAACAGAAGGAGAAACAGAAACCUGCAGACACUCAGACGAACACGGACGGUGUGGCACAAGAGGAGACUUCACAGACACAACAGACUCUCAAGAGUGCAAAACUGAAGAAGAGAAAGAAAGAGCACCUGACAGCAGCAGAGAAGGAAGCUAUUGAGUUCUAUGAACAGCUGAAGGCCAAGAGAAGAAAAGCCCAGCAAGAAGAGGACGAAAGCCCUGGAGAAGAGGAAGAAGACACAGUGGCAGAAGAUAAGCCAACCGAGGACCAGAUGGAGGUGGAAGAGGAGGAUGGGAAAAGAGCCAUCACUUAUGAGAUAUCUAAGAACAAGGGCCUGACUCCCAAAAGGAAGAAGGAGGAGAGAAACCCUCGUGUGAAGCUGAGGAAGAAGUUUCGUAAGGCUAAGAUCCGGAGGAAGGGCCAGGUGCGUGAACCCCGGACAGAGCUUAAACGUUACGAUGGCGAGUUUUCCGGCAUCAAGGCUGGAGUGAAGAAGAGCACCCGACUUAUUACUUGAGCAGAUACAUAAUCAGUCUUGUCUCUUGAAAAUAAAUCUUCAACACAAUCUACUUCACAUCUUUAUAGGCCUAUGUACAGAGUGGUCUGUGUAAAAUGUACUUUUAUCAUCAGUUUCCUAGCAAGCCAAUUGUUGGGGCAGCAAAAGUCCUGACCAGUCUUUUAGGUCACUGGUCUGUGAUGAAAAUGCCAUCUUUCACUGUAGAGUGUGUUAAAGUGCCCUUUUCUCUGGACUCCAAACUACUGCAACUUUUUACCUAUGUUUUACAUUAGGCCACACCAAUUUAAUUUCUUGGUUCACGGAUUCACUGGCUCCUAUUUUUUGGAAAAAAAAAA